AUCCCAUUGUCUUGACAUUCAAAGCGAUUCGCUAUCCUAAGUUGCACGAUUUUUCGAAAAUAUGGCGGCGUCCGUGUUGAAGGUUGCACGUCUCUCAAAGUGUGUUCGUCACACUUAUUCUCCAACCCUGAGGACACUUUCAACCUCAACACCACUCUGCCAAGGUAUUCCAGGAUCUGUCUGGAAACUGGGAAGGCUAAAUCACAUCGCUAUAGCUGUACCAGACAUGGAGAAAGCCACUGCUCUUUACAGAGAUGUGCUGGGGGCUCAGGUCAGCGAUAAAGUUCCCCUUCCUGAGCAUGGAGUCUACACUGUCUUUGUGGAGCUGGGUAACACCAAGCUGGAACUGCUGCACCCACUCGGGGAGAAGAGCCCAAUCACAGGCUUCCUACAGAAGAACAAAUCUGGUGGGAUGCACCAUAUCUGCAUUGAGGUUGAUGAUAUCAGUGUAGCGAUAGUGGAUCUGAAGGCUAGGAACAUAAGAACCCUGUCAGCUGAACCACGGAUAGGCGCUCAUGGGAAACCUGUCAUGUUCCUCCACCCAAAAGACUGUGAUGGAGUACUUGUGGAACUGGAGCAAGCCUGAAUACCCACAGGUCUCAAAAACUCUGUAGUUCACAAUUAUGCGGUUUGAAAAUUGAUUCAUUAUAGCACUUUUUCAACCAGUAAUAAUGAUAGCAAAGGUAGAUUUUUUAAAAUAUGUUUAAUACCAGGUUUUUGAUCCAUUUAAAAAAAAAAUCUUUAUCUUCAUUAAAAGUAAGUGUCUAUUUGCCUCUGCUGUGAAUAAAUUAUAUGAUUGACUCUAAGCACUGUAUGGUGUGUAAAAAAUGUCAAAUGUAUUAAUUAAUUUCUCGUGCAAGUCAAACGUGAAGUGUACACAGAUAAAUGUUUUUUAUGUGAAACAACUCAACAUUUCUUUUCACACUGAUUUUAACUGAGAUGAUAGAGCUGCUGGGAAAUAUUUAUUAGGAGCAAAUUCAAUAAUCAUGCACCUUUCAGCUGGCUCUCAGAGGAAUGCUCUCUCAUUGUGAAGAAAAGCAAAAUGGCCUUUUGAUUUGCAACUUCUGAUAAUUUCAUUUGAGCUUGCUAUGCAACAGGACAAAUGUCUUAAUAUAAAAAUGUAUAAACAGAUAUGUUAAGCAUAUAUUGAGUGUAAUAAGGUUGUUUCAGUGUACUUAAAGCAUUUAAGUUUAAUUGCAUGGACAUUUUAAGCAGCCUGUCCAGUCUUACCUUUAGUGUUGCAGCAGGCUUUUCUUAUUUCCUCAGUGCCGUAGUUCCCCAGGCUGUUGGGAAUUGGAGUGAAGAAAUGCGAAAGGAACUUCCUCACAGUUUUUGCAUGAAUAUAAAUUCAUAGCCUUUAGCAUAUAUUCCUAAUGACAUUAGUCAGGCUCUUGUUUUGGAACUACAUUUCAGGCAAUAUGUUUAUGUCACUGACUUUCUGCAGUGUUAAACAUGUAAUCGUUUAAUUUGCUGUGAAAUAGGCACAUUCAGUAGCUUUGCCCAUCAUUUGUCACCAGUCUGGUGCCUAGAUCAACUCAUCCUCUGCAGCAGAGAUAACUCUGGGUCUUCCAUUCCUGUGGUGGUCCUCAUGAGAGCCAGUUUCAUCAUAGUGCUUGAUGGUUUUUGCGACUGCACUUGAAGAAACUUUCAAAGUUCUUGAAAUGUUCCAUAUUGACUGACCUAAAAUAAUGAUGGACUGUCGUUUCUCUUUGCUUAUUUGAGCUGUUCAUGCCAUAAUAUGGAUUUGGUCUUUUACCAAAUUGGGCUAUAUUCUCUAUACCCCCCUACCUUGUCACAACUGACUGGCUCAAAUGCAUUAAGAAGGAAAGAAAUUCCACAAAUUAACUUUUAAGAAGGCAUACCUGUUAAUUGAAAUGCAUUCCAGGUGACUACCUCAUGAAGCUGGUUGAGAGAAUGCAAAGGGUGUCUUUUUGAAGAUACUCAAAUAUGAAAUAUAUUUUGAAUUAACACUUUUUGUUACUACAUGAUUCCAUAUGUGUUGUUUCAUAGUUUUGAUGUCUUCAAUAUUAUUCUAUAGUGUAGAAAAUAGUAUAAAGAAAAACGCUUGAAUUAGUAGGUGUUCUAAAACUUUUGACCGGUAGUGUAUCUUGAUUACAUAACUAUUCAACCCUCUGACAGUGAUUACAGCUGUGAGUCCUUCUGGGUAAGUCUCUUAAGAGCUUUGCACACCUGGAUUAUACAAUAUUUGCACAUUAUUCUUUAAAAAGUUAUUCAAGCUCUGUCAAGACAUUUUCGUGUCUUGCCAUAGACUUUCAAGCCGAUUUAAGUCAAAACUGUAACUAGGCAACACAGGAACAUUCAAUGUUGUCUUGGUAAGCAACUCCAGUGUAUAUUUGGUCUUGUGUUUUAGGUUAUUGCCCUGCUAAAUGGUGAAUUUUUCACUUAGUGUCUGUUGGAAAGCAGACUGAAUCAGGUUUCCUCUAGGAUUUUUCCUGUGCUUAGCUCUAUUCCAUUUCUUUUUAUAAAAGAAUAAACUGUAGACUCACACAGUGAGUCCUUGCAACUUUGCAA